CACGAAAACACUGUUAGCGUUCCCUCGUGAAGUUGUCUUCAUGAAACAGUUCGAAAGUGUCUCGAACAACCUCUUAAGACGCAAAUCUUGCUAGAGGCUGCAUAUCGAAAGCAGUAAGGACUUACACUGCGACUUCAACAUGAAUGGUGUAGAAGUUGAAGAGGAAGAUCUCUACGAGGUCCUCAACGUCUCCAGAGGCGCCACGAAAAUCGAGAUCAAAAAAGCAUACCACAAGGCUGCCCUUUCGUCACACCCUGAUAAAGUCCCCGAGGAGCAGCGAAAGGAAGCAGAAGUACGCUUCAAAACUGUCCAACAAGCGUAUGACAUUCUCUCAGAUGACGAAAAGCGGCACUUGUACGAUACACAUGGAAUGGCUGCUUUCAAAGGAGGUGGCGCCGGCGGAGCAGGCCCAGAGGUAGACUUGGACGAUUUACUGCAACAGAUGUUUGGCAUGGGAAUGGGCGGCGGGAUGCCGAGUGGACCCGGCGCAAAGAGACGCGUACCAAGGAAAGGGCCAAACGAAGAGCAAGAAUACGAAGUUACCUUGGAGGAGCUUUACAAAGGGAAGACGACGAGGUUUGCUAGCACUAAGAAUAUUGUGUGCGAAACAUGCAAAGGUAGCGGUGGUAAGGAUAAGGCGAAACCUCAGAAGUGUAGCGCUUGUGAUGGGCAUGGGCAGCGACUAGUGGUCCGCCAAACCACGAUUGGACUUAUGCAAGAGACGGUUAUCUGUUCCCCAUGCAGUGGUAGAGGUGAAGUUUUUAAGGACAAGGAUAAGUGCAAGAGGUGUAAAGGCAAUCGAGUCGUCCAAACCCGCAAGAUGCUCGAGUUGUACAUUCCCCGCGGUUCAAGGCAAGGAGACAAGAUAGUAAUACAGGGUGAAGCAGACCAGCAACCUGACCAAGAGCCAGGAGAUAUUGUAUUUGAGUUGAAAGAGACGGAGCACGAGGUUUUUGCUAGAGCGGGUGAUGACCUCGCAGCGGAAAUCAACAUUACGCUUGCAGAAGCUCUGACAGGAUUUAGCAGAGUGGUUUUAACACAUCUUGACGGCAGAGGCAUAUCGAUAACGCCACCGAAGGGCAAGAUUCUCCGACCUGGGCAGGUCCUCAAGGUCAAAGGAGAAGGCAUGCCUGUUAAAAAAACCGAUGCAAAGGGCGACUUGUUUCUCACUGUCAAUAUCGAAUUUCCCGAUGACAACUUCUUUCUGGAAAAAAGUAAGGCCGAGGCAAUACGGAGCUUGUUACCUGGACCCGGACCACCAAUAAAUGCAUCCGAAGUUGACGAAGUGCAGUAUGAGGAAAAAGAUGACUUAGACGACUUUGGUGCAGGAUCUGGAGAUCCUAGAGCAACUAGUGCGCAGUGGGAGGAUGAUGAAGAUAUGGAGGGCGGCCCACAGUGUGCUCAACAGUGAUCUGGACUUCUCUGGCAUUUACACGGAUUGUUUGAGUUGGGAAAAACGCUUGACAGACCAGGAAGUGGUAUUGACGCUGCGCCUGUCGUUUUCAUGGACUGCACAAUACUACGCCUUUUCUGGGAAGAACAAACUAGAAGUAAUACAAGCGCUUAGAUCUACUCUCGUAAUAUCGAUUCAGCUUCCUUAGUUCAAACGCCUUCAUUUUGGAUGCUAUUCUUCUGCGUUCUAUGCGUCUAUCAUAUAAAAGCGUAACAAGGAUUGUCGGACUUCGGCAUUGGAUGAGGCAAAUGUCAACAAGAACAACAACAGCAUGGAUUCAAUCAAGCGUAAAAGGAU